ACAUGCUGUAUGAGGAUUUUUUGCUUUUAUCAAACUAACCGCGCUUCGCUCCCUGCCGAUAAUUAUUCUGCACUAAAUUCGAAUUAAGUACACUUUUCCGGUUAAAAAAUCCCUUGAGAACGAUUUAUACAGUUUUUUCAUAAUUAAAUUUCAAAACCGUUAUUUGUCCAUAUGAUUUAUUUGAGUUAAGAGCGAUAAUCCGUAAAGCAAUUGGCCUAAGUUCGCUCAUUGAUCUAAGUUCGGGUCACAUAAUGGAAAAACAUGCAAAAUCUAACGAAACAGAUAAUAAAACAGAAGAAAGCUGUUAUUUGCGCUUGGAAGAGUGUGAAUAAUAAUGACGCUGUUAGGUACCACACAGAAGAAAAUGCGAACAUUAAAGCGCAGAAUCCCUCGGCCAAAUCCAGCAUCCUUAACGAAGCUGAUUACUCUAAGAAAGUCGGGCUAUUGACGAUCAAAAAAUUUUUGGGAGAAAAAAAGAUGGUAUACGACAUUGGGCAUACUUGUGUCAUAACAACUUGCCCGAAGCACUCUUUAAGGAAAUUGCAUUUGAAACAAAUAGAAAAGUUAUUCAUCAAUUCCACAACCGGUCAUUUUGUUUGUCAAUCGUGCGGUAAAAAUGGUUCUUUUGAAUCUCUAUGCGAAAAUAUCAAUACCAUAUAUGAUAUUUACCUGGAUAAGACAAAAAAAUCUCCGGCUCAUAAAUGCUUUCAAAAUAUUAAUGUUAAUCAAUUUGAUGACGCAAUUGUGAAAUCUACUGAAUUCUGGUCUACACAGGAGAGAGUAGCUAAUGCUGCGUUUGCCACCAAUAAUUUAAUGAUCAAAGCAGAAAUCCUUGAAAAGUAUAAAGUUCGAAUAUUAAAAGAACAGACCGGUUUUAUUUUUCCUCUUAUUGCCGCUGAUGGAAGAAUACGAUGUUGCAAAAUAUUUUACUUUAAUCAACCUGUUGGUAAACAGCAGAGAUAUGAUUAUGUACCAGCUCUUUCAUACUUAAAUGGAGCAUCGGCAUUGUUUGGCUGGAAUACAAUUCGGUCUAAUAAUAAUGAAAUUGUUAUUACAGCUGAUGAGUUUGAUGCAAUGUCAGUUCAUCAAGCAACAAAUUUACCUUGCGUUGCUCUUCCAACAGGAGCUACGCUACCACAACAAGUUCUUCCAUUAUUUGAACAAUUUCAAAAAAUUAUCCUUUGGUUAGGAGGUGAUCAAAAUACAUGGGGAACAGCGAGACAAUUAGCAAAAAAAUUGGGGGAGUCCAGAUGUCGUUUGAUAAGGCCUUCUAACGACUGCCCAUCGGCUCAUAAAGCCCUUAAAAAAGGUUUAGAUUUAGUAAAAAUAAUUGACAGCGCCAAACCAAUUCGGCAUGAAUCCAUAACAUCUUUCUUUCAACUGAGGCAGGAGGUUUUUACAGAACUAAGCGAAGUUGAGCUAGUUGCCGGUGUCAAAUGGAAAAGAUAUCCACAAUUAGUAAAGCUUUUAAAGGGUCAUCGACGCGGUGAAUUAACAGUCUUUACUGGACCUACUGGUUCGGGAAAAACAACAUUUAUCAGCGAAUAUUCAUUAGAUCUCUGUACUCAAGGUGUCAACACCCUCUGGGGUAGUUUUGAAAUAUCUAAUGUAAGGCUAUUAAAAACAAUGUUGACUCAAUUUGCUAGGCAAAAGCUCACUCAAUGUUCGAAAAAGGAUUAUGAUAAAUGGGCAGAUCUAUUUGAAAAGUUACCUAUGUACUUUAUGACUUUCCAUGGCCAGCAGCAAGUAAACAGAGUAAUAGAGACAAUGUCUCAUGCAGUUUAUAUACAUGAUAUAGCUCAUAUCGUUGUUGACAAUUUACAAUUUAUGAUGGGUCUUGACAACGCGGGAAUGGCGUCAGAUCGCUUUUUGAAGCAAGAUCAAAUUAUAGCAGCUUUCAGGAAAUUUGCUACUCAUAUGAACUGUCAUGUUACCCUUGUUAUUCAUCCUCGUAAGGAAAAUGAAACUGAUAAUUUAACGGUAUCCUCUAUCUUUGGGAGUGCCAAGGCUAGUCAGGAAGCUGACAAUAUUUUAAUUUUGCAAGAUAAAAGAUUUUCUAUGGUGCGUGGAAAGAAGUAUAUCCAAGUUGCAAAGAACAGAUUUGAUGGUGAUUUAGGCAUUGUUCUUUUGAAUUUUGAUAAGGAUUCUCUUAGCUUUACAGCGAAAAAAAAGUUAGCACCCGGCUUAACGCUUAUACCUGUCAACGACAAUGAGGCAACUUAAUCCAUCUUUACGAAUUAUGUGUUCUUAAAUGUUAUUACUGUUAUAUAUGUACAAACCGCUUCAAUACAACAAACUAUACACUUAUGAA